ACUGCACAAUAACGGUGCCCGCGGCUUCAUGUGGGUUCGCACGCCUAUGAAAAGGCACGAACACGGAGAGCCACGUAAGUGACCUUCUGAUCGCAUCACACGGCGUGUGCAUUUUAAUAAAGAGCGGACAGGCAGCAAAGUCCCUGCGGGGUGAGGAGACACACUUGGAAAAAAAGACGCGAAGUCUCUCCGCGGGUCACUGCCUCAGGAAAUGAUGACAGUGUCCUCCAUCACGGCUUAGCCGCUUAAAGCGAACACUUCUCGUCUUGCGGCCAUUUCGUCUGGACUCAGCUGCCUUCGAUUGAACACGUUUGAAAGCCUGACGCGGGCUGCUGGUGGUGCUGGUGGUGCCCCAGAGGUGGAGCAGGUGCAGCGCCCGCACGCAGCUUCGCCUCGCGGGUCCCCACUGAGCUUGCUGGCCAGUGGACCAGGCUGGACAUCAUCUUUGAAGAAUGACAUCCACGAUAGAGAGGAAGACGCUGGAGGCCAGCGAGGAACCGGUGGAUGAGGUCCUCCAGAUGCCUCCAUCUCUGCUGACAUGCGGUGGAUGUCAGCAGAGCAUUGGUGACAGAUUCUUCCUGAAGGCCAUCGAGCAGUACUGGCACGAGGACUGCCUGAGCUGUGAUCUGUGUGGCUGUCGGUUGGGGGAGGUGGGCCGCCGGCUCUACUACAAGCUGGGAAGAAAACUGUGUCGGAGAGAUUACCUCAGGCUUUUUGGCCAGGACGGUCUCUGCGCUUCCUGUGAAAAGAGGAUCCGAGCAUUCGAGAUGACGAUGCGUGUGCGGGACAAGGUUUACCAUCUGGAGUGCUUCAAGUGCGCUGCCUGCCAGAAGCACUUCUGCGUGGGUGAUCGUUACCUUCUCAUCAACUCAGACAUUGUGUGCGAGCAGGACAUCUUUGAGUGGACCAAGCUCAACAAUAAUAAUAUGGUUUAGGAGGAUGUCUUCUUUCCCCUUGAUUCAAAGGGAAUGGACUACUGAUAGACAUUUCGUAUUUCCAAUGCAGGCUUUAUAAUGCAUUUGAAACCAAUAUGGGAUCAUAAAAAAAAAACAAAAAGCAAACGAGGGGCUACGUCUCUGCAUGUCUCCCUGAUGGGGACUAAUGAAGACUGCACCAGCAAUAACAGAGAGCUUUUUUUAUUGAAAGCAAAAAAAAUAAAUGCUCCAAUACUGACAAUGUUUAAAAAUGCAAUAUUGGUCAUUUGUUGUACACUGGAACUUUAGAACAAAAACAAGAUAAAAAUUAUUUGUCCAGUUUCUUGCAGUCUUUACACUGAGAAGAUCAGCAGCUUGGUUUUAUGGAUUUGUAAUUUCUUAAUACUUUCCCAGCGCUAAUUAUUUUUUAACUUUGUUAAAAGAAUGUGUCUCUCUCUAAAUCUAAACAUACAUUAACUGAAUGCUUGUUCAUUGUAACUGUAAUAUGUUAAAGCAGUGGUUGUCGGGCUUUAUUUUGCAUGCCUCCAGUAAGAAGCUGAGAAGAGAUCACCCACCUUAUCACUUCCACUAACAUAUAUUUCUUCAUAUUUUUAUGAAACAUUAACGAAACAAGCAUCGAAGCUGAAUUUAAAUCAAAUUCAAGUCAUCAUUAUAGCGUACCAAUUCAUUCAACUUAAAUUUAGUUGAUAUUUUUCCACACACAACCGAGGUCCACUUGACAGUUUGUAAAACACUCUCUUAAAGUGAUUGUUUGCCUGUGGACAGAUUUAAAAUGCUCAAAUGGCCUGCUGCAUUGGCUGUUUCACUAGAAAUGAGGUGGAAUGAAUGAAGUGGAUGUAUGCUGUGAUCGUUUCUGAAAGUUUUCAUGAAAAUUUGUGAGAAUUUAUUAGGAAAUUACAGACCUGUGAUUAAAGCAUUACCUGAUUUUCAUAUUAUGAAAAACAACAUCCACUUAUUUAACAAAAAAAAAAAAAAGUUCUGAUGAGAAUGAUUAUGUAUUGCCAGGUUGAACUGGUGGCGCCCUCUACUGGUCAAGGAACCCAUGCAAUUCUUGUUUUACUGACUUUGCAGAGGUUUUGCAUGCAUCUUUUGUAAUUUUACCUGUUCCCUGGACAUCCAUUCAAGACUUUUUGUAUAUUAACCUUGAAUUUAUUUAAUAAAUGACAAUUCAGAGCAA